AUGAGGGCACCACUGCAGACCAUGAUGUGCCUGGGGUUGUGGGCAGCUGCCCUGCUCUGCUUGUUUUCCCCUGGCACCGUGCGAGGUGACUGCUGGCUGAUCGAGGGGGACAAAGGUUAUGUGUGGCUGGCCAUCUGUAGCCAGAACCAGCCCCCGUAUGAGACCAUCCCCCAGCAUAUCAACAGCACGGUGCACGACUUGCGUCUGAACGAGAAUAAGCUCAAAGUGGUGCUGUACUCCUCCCUCAACCGCUUCGGCAACCUGACCGAUUUGAACCUGACCAAGAAUGAGAUCUCCUAUAUUGAGGAUGGGGCUUUCAUGGGCCAGUCAAACCUCCAGGUCUUACAGCUGGGCUACAACAAACUCACCAACCUGACAGAGGGCAUGUUGAGGGGCAUGGCUCGCCUCCAGUUCCUCUUUGUGCAGCACAACCUAAUUGAGCUGGUCACCCCUACUGCCUUCUCUGAGUGCCCCAGCUUGAUUAGCAUUGACCUGUCAUCUAACCGUCUCAGCCGCCUGGAGGGGAACACUUUCACCAGCUUGAGCAAUCUGAUGGUGUGUGAGCUGGCUGGCAACCCCUUCAACUGUGACUGUAGCCUCUACAGCUUUCUUAACUGGCUGGCACUCUUCAACAAUGUCACCAAGAACUAUGACCGGCUCCAGUGCGAGACUCCUCGGGAGUUCGCUGGGUACCCACUCCUGGUACCUCGGCCUCACCACAACCGCAAUGCCAUCACCAUCUUCCAGUCCAUGUGCAGAGGUGGCACCAUCCCCUCCCUCUCCAGGGUCAACCCCACCCCUUAUACCCCUGACUCCCAGCGAGAUCUGGAUGAGGGCUCAGCCAUCAGCCCUGGGGACUUCCUCUCAGUCAAGCCUCCAGCUUCUUCCACUACUGACUCGUCCUUCAGUCCCAGCAUCAAGCUCCAUGAUGUCACCAUCACCUCAGCCAUCCUGAUGGUAACCAUCCCCAUGCCCUACAGUAAGAUGUAUGUGCUGGUCCAAUACAACAACAGCUACGUUUCUGACAUAGCAACACUGAAGAGCAAGAAGGAAUAUGUCACUGUCAACAAGUUGAAAGCCCACACUGAUUAUACUUUCUGUGUGGCCUCCAUUCGCAACAACAGGCGCUACAACCACACUUGCCUGACCUUUGCAACCCGGAGCAAAGGCAGGGAGGACCCUAUUUCCAGUACUUCCACCACCACACACUAUAUCAUGACCACUCUGGGUUGCCUCUUUGGGAUGGUCAUUGUCCUGGGGGUGGUGUACUACUGCCUGCGGAAGCGGAGGAUGCAGGAGGAGAAACAGAAGUCCCUCAAUGUCAAAAAGACCAUUCUGGAAAUGCGUUAUGGAUCAGAUAUUGAUACCAGUACCAUGGUCCAUCCUUCCCAGAAGCUGGGCGAGCCACCAGUCAUCCCUGUCACACGAAUGUCCUCCAUCCCUUCCAUGAUUGGGGAAAAGUUGCCCCCAUCAAAGUCAAUGGAGACUGGGAUGGAGACUCCUAAAGUCACCACUAAAGGUAACUACAUUGAGGUGCGGACUGGUGGUGGGGAUGGGCUGGAACGAGCCCAGCGGGAUGAGGACCUGAGGGAGCUUGACAAUGGGCAAGGCUCAGCUGCUGAGAUCUCUACUAUAGCCAAGGAGGUAGACAAGGUCAACCAGAUCAUCAACAACUGCAUUGAUGCCCUCAAGCUGGACACAGCCUCCUUCCUGGGUGGUGGAACUGGUGUUGACUCAGACAUGGCCUUUGAGUGCCAGUCCAUCCCAGCCAGUUCCUCGGGUGGGCUAGAGCGGCCCAGCUUUCUUUCCCCACCCUACAAGGAAAGCUCCCACCACCCUUUGCAGCGCCAGCUCAGUGCUGAUGCUGCCGUGGCCAGGAAGACCUGCAGCGUCUCUUCUAGCGGCUCCAUCAAGAGCGCCAAGGUCUUCAGCUUGGAUGUGCCUGACCACCCACCACUCAGCAAGUCUGACUCCAAAUACAUUGAGAAGGGCAGCCCACUCAACAGCCCUUUGGAUCGUCUUCCCUUGGUGUCCCCGGGCGCCAUCCACCACUUGGAGGUCAAGCCUUCUUACCAUUGCAGUGAGCACCGUCACUCCUUCCCAGCCCUGUACUAUGAGGAAAGUGCUGACACCUUAAGCCAGCGGGUGUCAUUCCUCAAGCCACUCUCCCGGUCCAAGCGAGACUCCACGUACUCCCAGCUCUCCCCCAGACACUACUUCUCAGGCUACUCCUCCAGCCCUGAGUACUCAUCAGAGAGCACCCACAAGAUCUGGGAGCGAUUCCGGCCUUACAAGAAGCACCACAGGGAGGAGGUUUACAUGGCGGCUGGGCAUGCCCUGCGGAAGAAAGUUCAGUUUGCCAAGGAUGAGGAUCUGCAUGACAUCCUGGAUUACUGGAAAGGAGUCUCUGCUCAGCAGAAGCUGUGACUCUGCCUCACUCUUUCCAAGGAAACAAUACAAAACAAGACCCCCCCCCAACAACCAGAAAAAAAAAAAGCCACUUGACUGUGAGAAAUAAACCAACAACAAAAUACUCCCAACAAAUACAAAACUGACAAAAAUUGUUUCUUAAAGUUUACAACAACAGAAA